AUGAAUUGCAAAACCGAGCUGCAGGAAAGCCAGCAGCAGGAACCGGCCGCGCAGGAGCAGCAGCCUGCGCCGAUCCAGCAGCAAGCUGACUCGGGAGUAGAGGUACUGAAGAGUCCCUCCGCCCGAGGAUCCAAGCGACCACACCCCGUGACCCCACCGAAAGACAAGAGCUCCGGAGCUGUGCAGAAGCAGAAGAGCCCGAGUGACGACGAUGAUGGCGACGACGGUGUGCCGAAGAUCAUGAGUCUCUCUAGCAUGACAAAGUUGGAGAAAGAGAAAGUGAAACGAAUCGUGACGCCAAAGCGGGGGUCGGGAAACUUGGAGGUGCCUGAGAACAUCUUCGAGAUGUGGAAGGAUGCAGGAAAGGGGCGGGACAAUUUGUUCCGUAUGUGGGCAAAAGCUGGUGGGGCUGUUUUUAUGGAAUCCGUGACCAUCCUCACGAAAACCUCGAGAAGCAAGAAGCUGGAAGUCAAGGGCGGCUUCUACAGCAAAGAAGAUAUGACCCGCGUGGACAAAGUCGUCGCCUGGGCAACCAAGAAAGGGCUGUUUCGGACCUGCGAGUACGAUGACGAGACGCUCGAGUACUGGGUGAACAUCAGGACGACCGGGACGUUGACGAAGGAGGACACGGAAUGCCUUGAAAGGCAGCAGAACUACCAGGGCGAGGGAGGGGACGAUCUGCGCUUCAAGCCGGGGGUUCAUGUCGAUGGCUUCAUCUUUUCUGAUGAUGACCCGAUGAUUCAUGGCUCCGAAGCGAAGCGUGAAGGUGGCCAGCACAAGAGUGCCCCCGCUGCGUCCCAAAUCAAAGAGUACAUGAAGCAAGUGCUCAGAGCGAAAAGCUCCAUGGAGGGCUUUGUGGACAAGAUCCGGACCGCAGUGCCUAGGGGGCCUAAGGAGGGAAAGGCCAAACAGUUGCUAGCCUGA